ACUCCCACCCGGUGGACAACAAGGAAAAGCGAAGCAGGUGACUGUAGCCUACUGACAGACGGGACAGUCGGAUGCUCAGUUCCUCUAGCUGUCGUUGUUUCAUAUGUAUCCAGCCAAAUCGGCAACGACUACGUUCAUCGUCAGAUCAGUCCUGUCCGGCGAAAGUAAUAUAAAACACGCUGCGACUCCAGGUUUAUGCAUUCGGUGGAUUUUUUCGGGAUCGCUAUUAUUCGACACCGACGGCUGUCGGUGUAGGCAGAAGCACUACUAGGCUGAGAGGCCAGGAGUUGAGUGGACCAGCACUGACAGAGCCCCCAGCUUGUCCUCCUCCUACCUCGCUUUCACUAUGAGUGGUGUAUGAUGUGGUCAAGGUCAUGGCCAGCGAACCCCUCGAAGGUUUCCAUGAGGUCAACCUGGCUUCGCCCACCACCCCGGACCUCCACGGCCUGGCCGAGACACGCCCCCAGCGACACAGCGCCCCGCCCAGCUCUCUCUACCGCACCCCCUCACUGGGCUCCGCCCCCUGCCCCCCCAAUGCCCUGAGGGCUGACCAGCUGCCCACGCAGCCUGUUUACUCCGCCCCCCGCCAUCUUGGCAAUGAUGAGGCGCACAAUGGCAGUGUUCCAGGACUGGAGCCCUCCGCCCGCUCUGAGGUGGAGUCAGCAGAAAGUGUCUUCCUGGUUGGAGAGGAAGGGGAGGAGUUCCUGGGCUUGAGUGACAGCAGCUUGUCCCGCCUCCGCAGCCCCUCGGUGAUGGAGGUGAGAGAGAAAGGCAACGAGAGGCUGAAGGAUGAACUGGCCAAGGCACAGAGGGAGCUUAAGUUGAAGGACGAGGAGUGUGAGAGGUUGUCUAAGGUGAGGGAUCAGCUGGGGCAGGAGCUGGAGGAGCUCACUGCCAGCCUCUUCCAGGAAGCUCACAAGAUGGUCCGUGAGGCCAACGUUAAGCAGGCUACUGCUGAGAAACAGCUGAAAGAGGCGCUGGGCAAGAUUGACGUGCUGCAGGCGGAGGUGCUGGCCCUGAAGACUCUGGUCCUCUCCUCCUCCCCCACCUCCCCCUGCCAGGACCUCCCCUCGGGCACCAAGACCCCCUUCAAGAAGGGCCACGGCCGCAACAAGAGCACCAGCUCCGCCAUGCUGGGCAGCCAGGCGGAGCUGUCAGUCACGCAGCCCAUAGUACGAGACUGCAGGGAGGUGGACAGUCUGCUCUUCAGCGAGUUCAAGGCCUGGAAGGAGGAGCCCAGUCUGCAGAGGAGCUGCUCCUUCCUGGAGAGAGUCUACAGAGAAGAUAUCCACCCCUGCCUCACCUUCUCCAAGAGCGAGCUGGGGUCAGCCAUCUUGGAGGCGGUGGAGAGGAACACGCUGAGUGUGGAGCCGGUGGGCUUCCAGCCCCUGCCCGUCGUCAAGGCCUCGGCUGUGGAGUGCGGAGGACCAAAUGGCCGGAGGGCCGAGGUGGUCACAAAAUGUGCCCUCAGCGGCCAGACCAAAACCUGCAAGCACAGGAUCAAGUUCGGAGACUCCAGCAACUACUACUACGUGUCUCCCUACUGCAGAUACAGGAUCACGUCGGUGUGUAACUUCUUCACCUACAUCCGCUACAUUCAACAAGGGCUGGUGAAGCAGCAAGACGCUGAACAGAUGUUCUGGGAGGUGAUGCAGCUUCGCAGGGAGAUGUCAUUCGCUAAGCUGGGCUACUACAAGGAUGAACUGUGACCAAUGGGGUUACAAGGAAGGCGGGUCUUCAUCCUUGAUUGGACACACUCCGGCCAUAAACAGCAGAGCUCUCGAAACAUCUAUACUGCAUUACUGAAGGACCUCCCACUUGAUUAUGUUGUCAUGGUAGCCCUGUAGACCCUACUAGACUCUGCUGUACCAUAAACCUAGGACAUGACCCCUGAACACUAGCAUUGAUGAAACAUGGAGGCUCUACUCCAACCAAUGCCUGUACUCUAUUUACCCUGACAUCUACCUCCAUAUAUAGGCCUACUUUUAGAUCCUGCCCCUUACAUACUACACCCUACCACCCAGCCCUCACCUACACCCUCGCCAUCCCAGUACUCCAUACUGUAUCCUCAUAUUGUAGUAAACCCAUUCAAAGACCCUAAGUCUUUGAAGUGAACCCAGGCUUAAUAGAUCAUUCACUUGCCCUUAACAUCCUACCAGUACUCUAAAGGGGCUAUGUGUACAGCAGGUUGUUGGGGCAGACCUAGGGAAAGUGUGUAUGAACUAGAGGCUAGAUCCAGAGGGUGGGGCACCAUCCAGGUGGAAGAUUCUGCACUUAUUGACACUAGUAUUGGAGCAUUUCCAUCUUGUACACCUAUUGUAUUUUGAACAUGGGGGGGGGGGGGCACACCCUGCUGCAUCUCUCAUGGUUGACUUUCAGAGAGAGAGUAGGAACAACAUGUACUAAACUAAGCUGACUGCGCUCGUGUGUGAAGUUGGGGAAAGAAAAAAAAAAAAUCUGCUGUUGUUUUCUCUUUGUUUACUUCUGUGAUUCCAAGGACUUUGGCAACAUUGACGUGGGAGAUUUAAAUCACAUCAAUCAAUAAACGCUGAGGGGCCCCGUUUUCUUAGUUGAGGAUCCCAGACGUAGUGUAGCUAAUCCGUUGCUGUGUCGUCGUGUGUGGAGCUGUGCUCAGUGUCGUUUGCGUGUCUGUGAAAUCUGUUCUCCGGUUCAGUCCACCCUUCCCGCCCCCAGGCCUCGUACCGCUCUCCUCACUUUAUUUUAGUGCCUUUCUGGGACUCACAGAAUAAAAGUUGUAUACCUCUGGA